GACGAUCUACCGAUCCGAUCGGAUCGAAUCGGAACAGCCAAGAGCGUCAUCGACUUCGAAGGCGGCUCCAGGGCCUCUGGCGUUUGCUUACUUAUGUUAAUCAGCUGUGGCUGGGAUGCAAAUUAGUCCGUCCGUCCAUCCAAUGGGGGUAACAGUGCGAGAGGCGUCCGUCUCUGUUAGUUAACAGAGCGCACGAAAGCUCGCUACGAAAAGAUAUCGCUCCAGAAACAGGCAGUUGGCGGGUCAGAACGCGUUUGUGACUCGAGCGGAGCGCACGUGCCGGGGAAAAUACCAAAAGACACAGUCCGUUGAGAAAAAGGCUAAAUCACAAGCCUGGGGAAAAUUUGCCCCUCACUUUUCCACCAACAACAACGACUAGUACGUUGGGCGUUUAAGGCCUAAUAAAAAAAACAGCACAACAGCAACAAGAACAUCAAUAACAAGAGCUGAAAAUCAAUAAACACAAAGCCAGAAAGAAAUACGUAACAAGCAACAAAGUGUGCGCGUCCAGCAAUCCAAUGUGGCAACAACAAGUGAGCAAGUUAAAGAACCUUUGCGAUUUGUAAAAAAAAAUAUAUAAAAAAAAAACACUUACAAGCUGUAUAGCUUAAAAAAUAAAUAAUAAAAAAAAGAGAAAUAGCUAAAAAACAACAAUGUCGGAGGGCAGUGAUAACAACGGGGAUCCCCACCAGCAGGCGGGGGCAGCCGAGGGCGAGGCGGUGGGCGAGAACAAAAUGAAGUCCCGCCUCCGCAAAGGAGCCCUGAAGAAGAAGAACGUCUUUAAUGUCAAGGAUCACUGCUUCAUAGCCCGUUUCUUCAAGCAGCCCACGUUCUGCUCCCACUGCAAGGACUUCAUAUGCGGUUAUCAGUCGGGAUAUGCCUGGAUGGGCUUCGGAAAGCAAGGAUUUCAGUGCCAAGUUUGCUCCUAUGUGGUGCACAAGCGUUGCCACGAGUAUGUCACCUUCAUCUGCCCCGGAAAGGAUAAAGGCAUCGAUUCGGCCCAUCAAAUGCCCCACAAAUGGCAGAAUGUGGCCUUCCUAUCGCCGAUGUUUUGCGAUCAUUGUGGGUCUCUGUUGCACGGCAUCACGCACAAGGGUCUCAAGUGUCGAGCAUGUGACAUGAACGUUCAUGCCCGCUGCAAGGAGAAUGUGCCAAGUCUUUGCGGAUGCGAUCACACGGAGCGGCGAGGACGCAUUAAUCUCGAGAUCAAUGUCAAGGAGAAUCUCUUAACUGUCCAGAUUAAGGAGGGUCGCAAUCUCAUACCCAUGGAUCCCAAUGGACUCAGCGAUCCGUACGUCAAGGUAAAGCUCAUUCCCGAUGACAAGGAUCAGUCCAAGAAGAAGACUCGCACUAUUAAGGCUUGCCUGAAUCCUGUUUGGAAUGAAACUAUAACUUAUGACCUAAAACCCGAGGACAAGGAUCGUCGCAUCCUGAUCGAGGUCUGGGACUGGGAUCGCACCUCUCGCAAUGACUUCAUGGGAGCUCUGUCCUUCGGGAUCUCGGAGAUCAUCAAGAAUCCCACCAACGGCUGGUUCAAGCUGCUCACCCAGGAAGAGGGCGAAUACUAUAAUGUGCCCUGUGCGGAUGACCAGCAGGACUUGCUGAAGCUCAAGCAGAAGCCAUCUCAGAAGAAGCCGUUGGUGAUGCGCAGCGAUACAAACACGCACUCGCAGUCCAAGAAGGACAUGAUCCGGGCCACGGACUUUAAUUUCAUCAAGGUUCUUGGCAAGGGAUCGUUUGGAAAGGUAUUACUCGCCGAAAGAAAGGGCAGCGAGGAGCUGUAUGCCAUUAAGAUACUCAAGAAGGAUGUGAUCAUUCAGGACGACGAUGUGGAGUGCACCAUGAUCGAGAAACGAGUCCUGGCCUUGGGCGAGAAGCCACCAUUUUUGGUUCAAUUACAUUCCUGCUUUCAAACCAUGGAUCGUCUAUUCUUUGUGAUGGAGUAUGUAAACGGUGGAGAUUUGAUGUUCCAGAUUCAACAGUUUGGCAAAUUUAAAGAGCCAGUUGCUGUAUUCUAUGCCGCCGAAAUAGCUGCUGGACUCUUCUUCCUUCACAGCAAAGGCAUACUGUAUCGGGAUCUGAAGCUGGAUAAUGUCCUUUUGGACGCCGAUGGUCAUGUCAAGAUAGCUGACUUUGGCAUGUGCAAGGAGAAUAUUGUAGGUGACAAGACAACAAAGACCUUCUGCGGAACUCCAGAUUACAUAGCUCCUGAGAUUAUAUUAUAUCAACCUUAUGGUAAAUCGGUCGACUGGUGGGCCUAUGGCGUUCUACUUUAUGAAAUGUUAGUGGGUCAACCUCCAUUCGAUGGCGAGGAUGAGGAGGAGCUCUUUGCAGCCAUCACCGAUCACAAUGUUUCCUAUCCGAAAAGCCUGAGUAAGGAGGCCAAAGAGGCCUGCAAGGGCUUCCUAACUAAACAGCCCAAUAAGCGCUUGGGUUGUGGAUCCUCAGGCGAGGAAGAUGUGCGCUUGCAUCCUUUCUUCAGGCGCAUAGAUUGGGAGAAAAUAGAAAAUCGCGAAGUACAGCCACCUUUUAAGCCGAAAAUUAAACACCGCAAGGAUGUGUCCAACUUUGACAAGCAGUUCACAUCAGAGAAAACAGACUUGACGCCCACGGACAAAGUGUUCAUGAUGAACCUAGAUCAGUCGGAAUUCGUAGGCUUCUCCUACAUGAAUCCGGAAUACGUCUUUAUCCCAUAAAUCCCACCCCAUGAUCCCAAAAUCCAAUCUAAUUUCCAUGCUGCGAGUUGUGUCCCUUAAGUCUCUUUUGAUAUCGAUUACUAACUACUUUGGUAAUGCAAAAAAGACAUCUUGUUGUGUAUACAAUUAAUCUUUGUUAAGUUUCUUCGUUUAAAUGUAUCUAUAUAUUUAUUGAAUUGUUAAGUUUUGAGUUAAUUGUAAGAGCCAGUAACUGUGAAACAGAGCUUUAGUUGUGGAAUAUUCGAAUACUGUUCAAGAUCAAGUCUCAUCUUAAAGCCAAACCAAAUGGAAAGCAAUAAAAAGUAUCAUUUUCAACCCUAAACACCGUAGCAUUAACCCAAUGAUGUCCUUUUACUCUGCGUAGAACUUCUAUCGAUUCUGCCCAAUUUCAAAACAAUUUCCAAAAGUUAUUAAAACGUAUUUCAGGAAGAUUUUUAGGAUUUAAAUACCUUCUAUUUGAAAGUUAACUUUUUAGCAAAAUAUCUGAGUGUUUUUGUAGCAAAUCAAUUAAUUUAAAUAGUUAAUACGAGGAGAUGAUGCGGUCGUAGAGGAUUUUGAAGUUUUGGUCCAGGUUCAAACGUCAUUGGAUUGUAGUGCUCGCCCCGGCAUUAUAAUCAAAUCGAAAACGCGUUUAGGUCAGUUUGCCAAAAAGUAAGAAUACGGAGGAAAUUAAUCUUUGUUAUAUUCAAUACUUAAGCAUUAAUAUCAUAGAUGAGGUACUUUUAAAUUCCAUUAAUUUAUAAAUGUGUGCGUAAGCUAAUUUUAAAUUUUAUUUAAUAAAGAGAGAGAAUGAAAAGAAGGAAGAAAGGAAUAUUGCAAACACACUUAUAUAUAGCACGUCUAUAUAUGAAGCUGGCAUAGAGUCUCAAUGUACCAUAACUAACAAAUUGCAUAGCAAUAAGUUAAGCUUAGAAAAUACUUAAAACUAAAUCUGUAAAAGUAAUAACUAAAAAUCUAUUUGCUCCUAACCGAGAAUUCUGAGAUUGUUCUUGAGUUGGAAACUUUAGUACCUAAACUGGAAUCUAGAUGCUAACAACUAACUAUGUUGAACAGACAAUCUACUAUAAGCAUGUGAAACUAUAGUCAACGGAUAUAUACAUACAUAUAUAGCCUAGACCGAUUUCCAAAAUUAGCGCCAGCCGAGCUAAGCUUUUGUGCCUCUCGUAGCUAUCUUUCUCUCAUAGAAGAAACCUUAAAAGAAUUCUUGCCAAACGAGGCUACGCAUAUUUAUAGUGAAAAUAUAUAUAUAGAUAACGAUAACUGACAGAUCGGACUGUCGGUUGGGAUCGGAAUUUUUAGCCAAGCUAACCGCGUUGGGCACAACAAAGAUUCCAAGUGGAAGAUUCCAAAAAACAUACAUAUAUCAUAAAAAACAAUUGGUAAAGUGAGCGGAAUAUUUAGCUUAAAAGUAGUUUGAAUUAAUACAAUUAACUGCAUACAAUUACAAAUAUAAUGAAUAAUAUGUAACUCCGAACUUGAAGCAUUUAAAACGUUUAAUUUAACUCUCCAAUUUGAAAUCAAAACGUAUAUUUAAGUCAACAAAGUAGAUCAAAAGAUAUACUCGAUUCGCAACCACAAGAUGAGAAACACUCGAAGGAUGUUCAACCGGAGGGAGAACCCUGAAGGUGGAUAAGAUAUUUGCUCGUAUUUUUAACAAUAAAUUGAAAACAUAAUUAAAAUAAAUCUUUAGAUGUGUAUGCGUGUCUGAAUUACUUUAAUGAAUUUUAUGGCAACUAAAAAAAUAAAAGAAGAAACAUUUUUCAA